GACUUGGCCUCCAUUUUGGGGGUUAAGCCUAAACUUUUUAAGUACUUCUUUACGGACCCCAGACUCUGGUGGCACCUGUUCUUCGGCCCCUGUGUUCCCUAUCAGUACCGACUUAAUGGUUUAUGUUAA